AAAAGCGUUACAGCUAGGAUGCUAAUUAAAGUGUUCAUUCUGCCCAAAUUAUGCCGAACUCCUAUCGGGCAAUGGCGGACUUUAUUUGCCGUUGUAAAGAUGCCGGUGCCCGGCCAACCUUAGAUCUAUUCCACCAAUUCUUUAAGGUAGCCCCUCAACAAACACACGGCUAUUUGGCCACUAGUGCCCGAACGGGACAUAUCCAGUUCAAGGGCAAUCCGACUUCGAUCAAGGGGUGGAAGCAUCGGUUCUUCUUUGUGUCUGUCCCGGACGGCCUAGUUCCUCGCAAAUGGAAUGCCUUUCCCCGCAAAUCUCCUGAUCCAGUCCUUACUGAAGAAAUUUACAAGGAUGUGCUUGCUGUGGAGAAGGAUAAAUGCGUGGAUAUCAUGAGUUAUCUGACUCCCGAUCGGCUAAUCGAAGCCGGGAUAGCUCCAAAUCCAGACGUACCCAUGGACAACAGCAGAGUUCUUGCAGCUGGUGGGGUUGGCAAGCGGAAGAAAGCCAGGAAGAACCCCCAACCUACUCCUUCCACUAUUACUGCUCAGGACGCUGGGUCUUCUCAACCAGUUCCAGAGCCACUGCAACAGGUCCAUCAGGACCAAUUUGACGCCAUGCUGGUCGACGAUCGGUUUGGUUCCGACCAGAUGCACCAAUUUCCUGAGCAUUUCCAAGCUGCUAAGGAGACCGGUCAGGGUGCGGGUGAUGUGCCCACCGUCCAACUGUCUGGCCAGGUCGACCGGAUCUCACUGGCGGAUCCGGUUCAUGACGUUGUAGAAAGAGGUGGAUGUUCAGCAAGCCAGAUUUGGUCUACCUCCGCUUUCUUCAAUAAUUUCACCGUUCCUAAGCUGUCGGUCGAGCAAUCCGAGGAAUGCUUGGCCUUAGCAGCCCUGAAGGUUGGGCUUUACAGUUUGCAGCUGAAAGAAGCUCGACUGGCUAAGGAGCGGGAGCUGAUCGUCGCUCAGACUUCAGCAGAGCAGAAUGCAGCUGCUGCUUUUGCUGCUCUGGAAGCCGAACGGAAAGCCUCUGCGGAGGAGAAAAAACGCCUCGAGUCAGAGCUUGGUGAACUCCGGGUUCAGCUCGGGCCUCUCAAUCCAAAGUUCAUGCUGCCGAAGCUGCCUUGGUUAAGUUUGAAGAGCACGCCCCUCGUAUCCCGGACGGCCCUGCUGAGGUGAAGGUUGAUUUGUCUGCCGUCCGGGAAUCAUUCAAAGGGUCUGAGGAGUUCGCUAUUUUGAAGAAAGAUUAUGCGCAACAGGAACUCCCAGUCACCUUUGGUGAUUAUCUCGAGCGUUUCUCCACGGGUGAUGCCCGCCGGAGCGAGGGGGUCAAACUACUCGACCAGGAUCCAAGGGGAAAAAAGUUCAAUGACUCCCUGGCCCGAUCUCUUUAUGUCAAGGGCUGCCAGCACAUCAUGGCCCCCUUCGUCGCCAAGCUGCAAGAAUUGCUAGGGAGACCGGUCGAGCUGGCUGACCUUCCUCAAGCGCCCAUCGUUGAAGCCCAGUAUGAGAAGUAUCAACGGGACUUGCAACGGGCUGCUGAUCGCAAAGCGGGGAAGGAGCCUGAUCCCCCUACUGACUCAGAUGAGGAGGAAGGUGAGGAAGAAGAUAAUGGAGUGGAUCAGUAGAUUUGAUGUUUUUAACAAUUGUAAUCCCUUCCCCCCUUCUCCUUUUUUGCAAACCUUAUAUGUAUUUUCCGGCCGAUAGAGCCGAUGAAUAUAUACAUUAUUU